AUGGAGCGCGCCUGGCCGCUCCGCGUGUCCCGAAGGCAGCGCUGGUGUGCAAAUCGAGGCCCAGGCUUCGAAGGGGCCCUAGGCCGCGUUGAUGUAUAAGGGGCCGGGCUCUCCCGCCGGCCCGGCCCGUGGCUCUUGAGCGGGGGGAAGACGUGCGGGGAGCCGAAAUGGGCGUCUGGAUGCUGCUGUUGCUGCUGCUGCUCUGCGGUGGAGCCUCCAGCGCCGCGAGCAUCUACCUGAGCAGCUGGGCCGUGCGCGUCCCUAGCGGCGCCCAAGAGGCCCAGCGCCUGGCCCGCAGGCACGGGCUGCUCUACCUGGGCCAGGUGAUUGCUGGAGAGCCCUACUUCCAUCUGAAACACAGAGGCAUGGCUCAGAAAUCUUUAACCAAGCACCGGGGGUGGCAUCUCCGCCUGAACAGAGACCAUCAGAUCCCGUGGUUUGAACAGCAGGUGCUGAAGAGGCGGACAAAGAGAACAGCCACCAUUGUCCCCACCGAUCCAUGGUUCCAUAAACAGUGGUACAUGAACAACGAUGUCACCCCAGACCUCAACGUCCUCACGGCAUGGAGCCAGGGCUACACCGGCUUAGGCGUAGUGGUGAGCAUUCUGGACGACGGGGUCGAGAAGAACCAUCCUGACCUUGUGGCAAACUACGACCCUCUGGCCAGCUACGACUUCAACGACAACGAUCCGGACCCUCAGCCGCGAUACAACCGGUGGAAUGAGAACAGACACGGCACACGCUGCGCCGGGGAGGUGGCUGCCACUGCUAACAACCACGUCUGUGGAGCCGGUAUCGCCCACGGGGCCAAAAUUGGGGGCGUGAGGAUGCUGGAUGGCGACGUGAACGACAUCGUGGAGGCCCAGUCGCUGAGUCUCCAAACCCAGCACAUCGACAUCUACAGCGCCAGCUGGGGCCCCGAGGAUGACGGGAAGACGGUGGACGGCCCGGGGGUCCUAGCCAGAGAGGCCUUCCGCAAGGGGGCAGCCAACGGACGCGGAGGGCUGGGCUCUCUCUUCGUCUGGGCCUCCGGGAACGGCGGCCUUCGGAAGGACAACUGCAAUUGCGACGGCUACACCAACAGCAUCUACACCUUAUCCGUGGGCAGCAGCACCAAGAGCGGCCGGGUGCCUUGGUACAACGAGGCCUGUGCCUCCACCCUCACCACCACCUACAGCAGCGGGGCCAAGGGCGAGAAGCAGAUUGUGACCACGGAUCUGCGACACGCCUGUACCAGCAGCCACACGGGCACCUCCGCCUCGGCCCCCCUGGCGGCCGGCCUGAUUGCCCUCGCUCUGGAGGCCAACCCAGCUCUCACCUGGAGGGACAUGCAGCACCUGGUGGUGAGAGCCUCCAGUCCAGCUCACCUGCAGGCGGACGACUGGGCGGUGAAUGGAGCCGGGCGCAAAGUCAGCCACUACUACGGCUACGGGCUCCUGGACGGCGGGGCCUUGGUGGAGAUGGCCAGGCGGUGGCAGAGGAGCUGGCCUCAGCGGAAGUGCUUCCUUCAGGUGGUCUCCCAGCCAAUGGCCAUCGGCUCCCGGCUGUCCGUCUCCGAGAACGUCUCGUCCUCCCCCUGCUUCCAGAGGGGAAACAGAGGCAUGCGGUCUCUGGAGCACGUCCAGGUGCAACUGUGGCUCACCUACAGCCGGAGGGGGGAUCUGGCCAUCUCGCUGACCAGCCCCAGGGGAACCACCUCCACCCUGGUGGACGUCAGGCCCUACGACACCAGCAGGGACGGCUACAAGGACUGGGAUUUCAUGUCGACACAUUACUGGGAUGAAGACCCCCGGGGUGUCUGGACCCUCCUGCUGGAAAACAAGGGCGACGUGUAUAACAGAGGUCUCCUCCGGCACUUUGUGUUAAAACUCUACGGCUCUGAGGAAGACAUGACAGCGCGGCCGGCAGCUCCCCCCGUGGUGGCCCAGUGCGUCCGGCGGAACCGCGACGGGACAUGCCAGGAAUGCCCCAGCCCGCUCUUCGCGGUCCGGCACCUCUGCCUCUCCUACUGCCCGCCCAGGUACUACCGCCUGUCCCGCCGGGCUCUCGACCCCAACGGGACCCAGCGCGCCAUCCAGGCCUGCUCGGCCUGCGACCCCUCCUGCUACACCUGCCUGGCGGGGUCGGCCCGCAAUUGCAGUGCCUGUCCGUCCCACAGCACCUACGAGGAGCGCUCCCACACCUGCCUGCCCUCCCCCUCCUUCUCCUACCUGCCCCGGGGAGGGGCUUUUGCCCUGGGAGACAGGCCUGUGUUCCUCCUGGCCCUGGCCGUGCUGCUGGCCCUGGGCCCCGUGGCCUGCUGCCUCUCCUACGCCUUGUGCCGCACGAGGCAGAAGCGCGCGCGGGCCGAUGGGGAAACCGAGGCCGUCAGCCUGGAACUGCUCUACCUCCACCGUCCCGGGGCCGAGGAGAGCUUGAACCGACUUUCCUAGGAACCAAGACUGCUUUAAUGACCUGAAACCCUCUCCCCCUCUUGUUAUUUAUUUCUCCGAAAUGGUUCCUGGAUGAUCCACAAUAAAUGCUCAGCCUGA